CAGCCCAGGCUACCGAAACACCUGCGCCGGCCGGGCUGCGCCUGCGCAGUGUGGCCGGUGGGCGGGACGGGGAAUGCGGCGGCCGCGGAGCGAGGCUGCCCGCGGGCGAGGAGUCGGAGUUUUUCCGAGCGGCCGGUCGGCGUCCUCUCUCAGCCGCCGGAAGUGAGCUCCGCCGCUCUUUCCGCGCGGCCCGGGUCCUCGCCCGGCCCCCGGGCGCGCGGCGGUUGGCGGGGGUCCUCGGCGCGGGGCAGCCAUGGACUCGGCGGCGCUGGAGCGGGACGCGGUGCAGUUCGCGCGGCUGGCAGUGCAGCGCGACCACGAGGGCCGCUACUCGGAGGCCGUGUUUUACUACAAGGAAGCUGCACAAGCUUUAAUUUAUGCUGAGAUGGCAGGAUCAAGCCUAGAACAUAUUCAAGAAAAAAUAAAUGAGUAUCUGGAAAGAGUGCAGGCUUUACAUUCAGCAGUUCAGUCAAAGAGUGCGGAUCCUUUGAAAUCAAAACAUCAGUUGGACUUAGAGCGUGCCCAUUUCCUCGUUACACAAGCUUUUGACGAAGAUGAAAAAGGGAACGUUGAAGAUGCUAUAGAACUGUAUACAGAAGCUGUAGAUCUCUGUCUGAAAACCUCUUAUGAAACCGCUGAUAAAACUCUGCAAAACAAACUGAAGCAGUUGGCACGACAGGCACUAGACAGAGCAGAAGCAUUGAGUGAGCCUUUAACAAAGCCAUCAUGCAAAAUCAAGGCAACGAAUAUUAAACCAAAGCCACCUCCAGUGAGAGCACAUUUUCCACUAGGAACUAAUCCCUUCCUUGAAAGACCUCAGCCAGUUAUAAGUCCACAGUCAUGUGAUGCACAAGGACAGAGAUACACAGCAGAAGAAAUAGAAGUUCUCAGGACAACGUCAAAAAUAAAUGGUAUAGAAUAUGUUCCUUUCAUGAACAUUGAUCUGAGGGAACGUUUUGCUUACCCAAUGCCUUUCUGUGAUAGAUGUGGCAAGCUACCAUUAGCACCUAAACAAAAAGCUACAUUUUCUAAAUGGGUACGACCAGAAGACCUCACCAACAAUCCUACAAUGAUUUAUACUGUGUCUAGUUUCAGCAUAAAGCAGACAAUAGUAUCAGAUUGUUCGUUUGUGGCAUCACUGGCUAUCAGUGCAGCUUAUGAAAGACGAUUUAAUAAGAAGUUGAUUACCAGCAUAAUUUACCCUCAGAAUAAGGAUGGUGAGCCGGAGUACAACCCAUGUGGAAAGUACAUGGUAAAACUUCACCUCAAUGGUGUCCCUAGAAAGGUGAUAAUUGAUGACCAGUUACCUGUGGAUCAUAAGGGAGAAUUGCUCUGUUCUUAUUCUAACAACAAAAGUGAAUUAUGGGUUUCUCUCAUAGAAAAAGCAUACAUGAAAGUCAUGGGAGGAUAUGAUUUCCCAGGAUCCAAUUCAAAUAUUGAUCUUCAUGCACUGACUGGAUGGAUACCAGAAAGGAUCGCCAUGCAUUCAGACAGCCAGACUUUCAGUAAGGAUAAUUCUUUCCGAAUGCUUUAUCAAAGGUUUCACAAAGGGGACGUCCUCAUCACCGCAUCCACUGGAGUGAUGACUGAAGCUGAAGGCGAGCGGUGGGGCCUGGUCCCCACACACGCGUACGCCGUGUUGGACAUCAGAGAGCUCAAGGGGCUGCGAUUUAUCCAACUGAAAAAUCCUUGGAGUCAUUUACGUUGGAAAGGAAGAUAUAGUGAAAACGAUGUAAAAAACUGGACCCCAGAGUUGCAAAAGUGUUUAAACUUUGAUCCUCGAACAGCUCAGAAAAUAGACAAUGGAAUAUUUUGGAUCUCAUGGGAUGAUCUCUGCCAGUAUUAUGAUGUGAUUUAUUUGAGUUGGAAUCCAGGUCUUUUUAAAGAAUCAACAUGUAUUCACAGCACUUGGGAUGCGAAGCAAGGACCUGUGAAAGAUGCCUAUAGCCUGGCCAACAAUCCCCAGUACAAGUUGGAGGUGCAGUGUCCACAGGGGGGCGCUGCGGUUUGGGUUUUGCUUAGUAGACACAUAACAGACAAGGAUGAUUUUGCAAAUAAUCGAGAGUUUAUCACAAUGGUUGUAUACAAGACGGAUGGGAAAAAAGUUUAUUACCCAGCUGAUCCACCUCCGUACAUUGAUGGGAUUCGAAUUAACAGCCCUCAUUAUUUGACUAAGAUAAAGCUAACCACACCUGGGACCCAUACCUUUACAUUAGUGGUUUCUCAGUAUGAAAAACAGAACACAAUCCAUUACACAGUCCGGGUAUACUCAGCAUGCAGCUUUACUUUUUCAAAGAUUCCUUCACCAUAUACUGUAUCAAAACAGAUUAAUGGAAAGUGGAGUGGGCAGAGUGCCGGAGGAUGUGGAAAUUUCCAAGAGACACACAAAAAUAACCCCAUUUACCAAUUCCAUAUAGAGAAGACUGGGCCACUACUGAUCGAGCUAAGAGGACCAAGGCAAUAUAGUGUCGGUUUUGAAGUUGUAACAGUUUCUGUGGUGGGAGACCCUGGUCCCCAUGGCUUUCAGAGAAAAUCUAGUGGUGACUACAGGUGUGGGUUUUGCUACCUGGAACUAGAAAACAUACCUGCUGGGAUCUACAAUAUCAUUCCCAGUACUUUUUUGCCUAAACAAGAAGGACCGUUUUUCUUGGACUUUAAUAGUAUUAUCCCCAUCAAGACAACACAACUGCAGUGACAGAGAAACCUCAGCAAUAGCUGGAUCUUAUACUCACCAAACAUCAACUCUUCAAAUGAGGACACAGAUCUCCAGGACACUGAACACAAUCAUCAGAACAGAAUUAAUCUCUAAAAACGUUCCUGUGGAAUCUGGUGCUGAAGUCAGGGUGUGUGGUGAGAACUGUAUGUAGUCAGAAUUACCCUAUGUCACUUAGGAGUACCAUUCACAUGGUUUUGUGUAUAUACGGAGUGGGCUUGCAUUUAGGGGCCGCAUUGUACAAAGAAGUGUAGAUGCUUAAAGAUUAGGCUCAGUCAAGUACUGAGAUCAGUGCCCUUGCUAAGAGGGAACUGAGACCAGACGAGGAAAAUGAGGGGUGUAGACUCACUGAGUGGAACAGUAGGCUGGGAUAAUAUUCUGAAGUAUUUACAUUAUGUUGUCUUCUUGGCAGAGCAUGUUGUAAGGUAGACCUGCUUGUGUCGUGACUCUCCUGUACAUCCUGGGCACCUAAUUACCAAAUGAAUCACGUUAACCAUGAGAUUUUAAUUCUGCAUUAUUUAUGGCUUUAAAUGUUUACUGUUGCCUAUAGGUUAUGAAAGGAUAAAGUUUUAAUACUAAUUAACUUAGCAUGAAGAUGCUCAUGCUUAAGAAUGAAGGUUGUUGAAGUUAGAUACCUGUCUCCCAUUGACUCAUGUAAAGAGAACUGAGGUAUAUUCAUCAGUGUAGGUUUAUCAGGUUGACGAAAGUAGUAGUCUGGGACAUUGAAGACAUUACAAUUUAGUUUGUAUAGUCUUUUUUAUAUUGCUCUGUAGUUCAGUGUUCUUAUGGUAACAUCAUCACUCUAAAGAAAAUACAAUUGAGGAUUUAAUAUAUGGUAAUUGGGUUGCAUUUGAAAAAAUUCCCAGUUGUUUACAUAAAAAUUCAUCAGAGUAGAAUGAUGCUCAAGAUUUUAAAGAUCUAAAAAUUAACACAGUGGAAUUUUUCAUCAUCUCUGAUUAUUAAAACUUCUUUUGUAUUUCUAUUAUCUUUAAUUGAAAUAAAAUGUUUAUACUUAUGGAAACUGCAUAGUUUAACCUAGAGAAAUUAUUAGAGGACUUCAUGUGGUAUGUUCCAUAUAAAACAGAACUCAUUACUUGCAUGAAAAUUCACACUUCUACAAAAAAAGUCUGUUCUUUUACAUUCAGUGGUAGAUUGUACUAGUGAUAGUGAGAUUUCACUUUGAUAAAUAGUGCUUUUACUUGUAGCAUAUUUUAGGUGGAUUACUUUUCAAUGACUUUUUAAAGAAAAAUCUAAAGCAUAAGAGGUAUAUUUAUUAUAAACAUGAUCUGAAGCUUUUUUGUGUUAAAGAUCUUAUACGGGAUGCAAACUAAGACCUAAUCCGUGCCCUCAAAAUCCAAUGGAGGAGACCUGUAUAAACAAUUUACUAUAUUGUAAUGUUGAAUUCUGUAACAGAGCUCUAAAUAGAGCUCACGAUGUACAAGUAAAGAUUAAUUUUGGUUGGGCCAAUAUAGAAAGAGAAUAGAAACAACUGGGGAGCUUUUCAAAGUCCAGUGCCCAAGUAUACCUGAAUCACUAAUCAACCUCUGGGGCUGAGACCUAGGAGAUGCCCACGCGCCACAGACAGGAGAACCAGGCCUGCAGCAUAAGCACCUCAUCUUUAUUUAUUUUCCUGCCACUGCAUCUCCGUACUGCUCAGCUUUAGUAGCAGCAGAAGUGGAAUUCUAAUUCAAACCUGGUAAUCAGGGCUUAAAUUGUUUGUUAGGAUCCAGGACCUUAACUGAAAAUAAGAACAGAUGACCACUGCAUUCCAUGCUCUUCCUUAUGGCAAGAGGAUUGUCUGGAAGAUUUAGGCAACAUCAGGAUUUCUUAUUUGAAGUCACAGAAAGUCAUUUUCGUAAGCCAUUUUUAUUACACUCAAGGUAUUAAGACAAGUACAAAAUAACCUUGUAAUUAGGAUACUGUAUCGGUCAUUAAAAAAGGAGAAAACAGGAUAGUAUGAAGGGAUUUACAAAUGACAAAUAUAUAAGCUUGACAGACUUAAUGGGCAACUUGAAUGGGGUUGCUUUUUUUCCUUUUAGAAAUGCUAAGUUUUCUUAACAAAAAAGGACAAAUAAAAUACAGUGCUCUAAAUAUGUGUAACCAUGAAAACAAGAAAAGCAGUAAUAGAACACUUACACUAUUAGCAUAACAGACACCAUUGCUUCUAUUUAACAGCCUUUGCCAACAUGUGCCUCCUCCCUUUCCUAGCUGUAAAGAACAAUUUCCUC